AUGGCUCGCGCGCUAGUGCGAGUGCUGGUGCUGGCGGCGACGGCGGCGAGCCUCCUGCCGCUGUCGGCGUGCCAGGCGGCGACGUCGUGCGAGGGGACGAGGCGCGGGCACCACCAGUACCGGCAGCCGGUGGGCGUGCGGCGGAUCGUGGUGGACGCGGCGGGCGGCGGCGACUUCCUCUCCAUCCAGCAGGCCGUGAACUCCGUUCCGGUGAACAACAGCGUGCGCGUCAUCAUGCAGAUCAACGCCGGCACCUACAUAGAGAAGGUGGUGGUGCCGGCGUCGAAGCCGUACAUCACGUUCGAGGGCGCCGGGCGCGACACGACGGUGGUGGAGUGGCACGACAGGGCGGGCGACCGCGGCCCCGACGGGCAGCUGCUGCGCACCUACAACACCGCCUCCGUAACCGUCCUCUCAAACUUUUUCACCGCUAAGAACAUCAGCUUCAAGAACACAUCUCCAGCACCAAUGCCCGGCAUGGAAGGGUGGCAGGCGGUGGCGUUCCGCAUCUCCGGCGACAAAGCCUUCUUCUUCGGCUGCGGCUUCUACGGCGCGCAGGACACGCUGUGCGACGACGCCGGCCGGCACUACUUCCGCGACUGCUACAUCGAGGGCUCCAUCGACUUCAUCUUCGGCAACGGACGCUCCCUCUACAAGGACUGCGAGCUGCACUCGACGGCGCAGCGGUUCGGGUCGGUGGCGGCGCACGGUCGUCGCGGGCCGUGCGAGCGCACCGGCUUCGCCUUCGUCAACUGCCGGGUGACCGGCACGGGGAUGCUCUACGUCGGGCGAGCCAUGGGGCAGUACUCGCGAAUCGUCUACGCCUACACCUACUUCGACAACGUCAUCGCGCCCGGCGGAUGGGACGACUGGGACCACGCCAGCAACAAGAGCAUGACGGCCUUCUUCGGGAUGUACAAGAACUGGGGCCCCGGUGCAGAUGCCGUGCACGGAGUGCCGUGGGCGCGGGAGCUCGACUACUUCACCGCCCGACCAUUUCUCGGCAAGAGCUUCGUCAACGGAUUCCACUGGCUCUCACCGGAUGCCUGA